AUGGUUAGAGUUUGUUGCGUGUCAGACUUUUCUACUUCUCUGCUUAAGUCGUCAGGUACUCACAGGUUGACUGCAGAGGAGAGGAACCAAGCUAUACUUGACCUUAAAGCAGCAGGAUGGUCGGAAUUAAGUGAGAGAGAUGCCAUCUACAAAGAAUUCUCCUUCCACAGUUUUAAUCAGGCAUUUGGCUUUAUGUCCCGAGUUGCCCUACAAGCAGAGAAGAUGAAUCAUCACCCAGAAUGGUUCAAUGUAUACAACAAGGUCCAGAUAACUCUCACCUCACAUGACUGUGGUGAACUGACCAAAAAAGAUGUGAAGCUGGCCAAGUUUAUUGAGAAAGCAGCUGCUUCUGUGUGAUUUCUUCCAAAACACAUGUAAAAUCUUGUACACAUCUUAGCUGCAAUGUAUGUUGAAGGAAA